AGUAGUAAAAAAUAUCAUAUUGUAGGUGUGCACUAUAUACUAUAUAUAAUAUAUUUCAGAUUCACUGUAAUGAAUUUGUGGAACAGAGACAUGGGGAUGGUACGUCACGCGUCGAUUUCUCCUUUACAUAAGUCGGCAGAGUCGAAGCACCGGACGAUUCCCACUGCAUAGUCCAUCAUUGUCAUGGUUUUAACGGUGUAUUUUCAAUUGCUUUAUUCACAAUCAUCAUUGUCUUCCGAGAGUGACAUUUGUCGCCGAUUGUCCACGCCAAACCGACUUCAUCAGCCUUGCGAUGCGCCAGUGGGUUUUUUGGAGAUGCAAAGGCGGCGCGUGACGUCAUAGGCGAACGAACUAUCGUAAGUAUAAGUUUCGGCCGAGGAGAGAAACCAGACGCAGUCUCCGGUGCGACGUCGAAGAAAGAUGAAGCUUCUGACAGUAGGGCUCUUUGUUUUCGCAUGGAGUUUCGCAGCAGCCGAUGUUGCAUCGGAGUUAAAAGCUGCAAAAAUUGACCCAGAGCUCAUCGACAAUGCCCCAAAUGAGACCAUCGAGAUCAAGUACGGAGAUAAAGAGGUGAAGCUGGGAAACGAGUUCACUCCAUCGGAGACCAAAGAGAUACCCGAGGUGCAUUACAAACAUGAAGGCGGAGUUCUGUACACCCUCGUUAUGACAGAUCCAGACGUCCCGGUUCGUGGUUACAAUCGCGAAUGGCAGCACUGGGUGGUCGGAAACAUCCCUGAAGACAAAGUGGCCAAGGGAGAAGUAUUAACCGAGUACGUUGCGCCGGCGCCUUCGAAAACUACCGGGCUCCAUCGCUUCGUCUUCCUCCUCUACAAGCAGAACCAGGGCUCUAUCACUUUUGACGAAAGACGCAUUGGAAACCGAGACAAGAGGAGGAACCGAUUCUCUACUAAGAAGUUCGCCGAGAAAUACAAUCUGGAAGGGCCGAUUGCCGGCAACUACAUGAAGGCAAAGUACGACGACUACGUUCCUACAGUCAUGAAACAACUUGGAAUUUUUUGAAGGCUGGAUUUUUAUUGACUCACACACUAAUUUUAAGCAUAACAUGUUAUACUCAAUUUAUGCAUGUAUUAUUUUGAUAUCGAUUUAUACAGACGAACGCUAAUGUUGAUUUACAAUAUUUUUAAAAAACUUA